AUGUCUUCUACAAUACAAAAAGAACCACACCGCAAAGCCUUGAUAGGCUCGCCUUCGAACUUUUGGUUACACUCUUCCAAAAAUGGGUUUGAUCUCACCCAUCCGUCAGUAUAUUCGUCGCCAGUUACUGGUCCUACACAUAUCAUACAGACAUCAACUCAACCCAUUACGAUCGAUCCGUCAAAGUCCGCCCUUAUCAUCAUUGAUAUGCAAAACUUCUUUCUCUCCGAAGCCUUUGGUCGCGACCAGAAAGGCCCGGGACACGCUGCUUGUAAACAGUUGGCCGCACAUGCCAUACCAGCGGCGCGGAAAGCCAGCAUCAGAGUAAUAUGGGUGAACUGGGGGCUUACGGAAGAGGAAGUUGGAAAUAUGCCACCAGCAGUGAAGCGCGCUUUUGGCUUCUUUUCCAUCCCCGCAGACGUCGACUUCAAAGCUGACGACGCUUUCGGCCAUCACGAAGAGAGUAUCAGCGUGGAUCGUCAUGGCAAGGAAAAUCAGUCCUUCUACCGUGGAAUUGGGGCAGACUGCGGGACUCUCAAGUUUCCGGAUGGGAAAACUGUAGAGGGAGGUAAACUACUCAUGCGCGAUUCCUGGAACGCUGCACUUCAACCUCCACUCGAUGCCAUGUUCGAUGAAGGCAGCAAGUUAGAAAGUAAACCUGAUGUCUGGAUACAUAAGAACAGAAUGAGUGGAAUGUGGGGUUCAACGACGCCUCUCAAAGAGUUUUUGGAUAAAGAGGGCAUUAGAACGUUAUUCUUUACUGGUGUCAACACGGAUCAGCAAUGGAUAUGA